AUUCAGUUGAAUCAUCAAUUAAGAAAUUUACCGUCCUUAAUGCCAGUAGUUAAUGUUGAUCAACUUAAAACUAUUACAUUAAACACUUGGCCGACUAUCCAAGGAUGACCUCUAUAGUUCAUCAAAAAAAUGGAACAGACUUAAAUAAUUCAAUAUCGUCAUCAACAUUGAACACUAAUUCCAAUAUGAUCUUCUAUAAGUCUGAGUUUCAUGAGCAGUCUGAUAAUAAAAAUGCUCUACCAAACAAUCCAGUUCAAGACUGUUUGACUGAUAUUCCUAAACUAAAUAUUUCUAUAAGUAAUGUUGUAACGAACUUCAGUGUCAAGUCCCAUUUAAACCUUCGAUAUUUAGCUCUUAAUGGUAGCAAUAUAGAAUAUAGGCGUGAAAAUGGAAUGUUAACAAUGAAACUACGUAAACCAAAUGCUACAGCAACUAUUUGGUCAAGUGGAAAAAUUGCCUGUACAGGUUCUACAUCCGAAAUACAUGCUAAAAUUGCUUCUAGACGUUUUGCUAGAAUAAUUCAGAAACUUGGUUAUCACAAUGCUAAAUUUAGCAGUUAUAGAAUCGUCAAUGUUCUUGGAUCAUGUUCACUGCCUUUUCCGAUUAAAGUCAUACAGUUUUCGGAAAAGUAUAAAACAAUUGCUCAGUAUGAACCCGAGUUACAUCCUGGUGUUACUUUUAAGAUCAAAGAAUUAAAAGCUACAUUAAAAAUAUUUUCUACGGGUAGUAUUACAGUAACUGCUCCAAGUGUAGGAAAUGUUAAUCAAGCAAUCGAGCAAAUUUAUCCCAUGGUGUAUCCAUUUCGUCGUGAGAAGACAGCAGAAGAUGAAAGAGUAAUACGUAAAUUAAUGACAAAAAAGAGAAAUUUCACUGAAAUUGAUGAAAAUGUAACUAUGUAUAACUCGGAAAACAGUGUAACAAAACGAAGUUGUGAUGGAUUAGCCAUUGGAAUAGUAAAAGAAAACAAUUUAGAAAAUAUUAUUAAACAGGAAUAUGAAGAUGAUCUCUGAAAUAUAUUUCAGUUACCUUACUGAUUCAUUUACAGUUAGCA